UGAUCGGUGAUUACCGGAGCGCUAGGGGAGGCGCAUAUAUUCCGCACAUCAGAAGCGCGUGAGACAGCAUUCAGUGCGCGGACCUUAGUGAGCGCAACGAGACUUUCUCCUCUCUUUCUGGGCUGCUUUAUUCGUGGAUACUAACCUGGGAUUUUUGCACGACUGACGAACUGCUUCUCUUUUGAGCUCUAUACGAAGUGCAUGGACAGCAAAACGUGGUUUAUGUAGUCAAGAAGCUAUAGUUGCUUUGAAAAAAAAAACGAUAUUUUAUUUGAAACUUGUACUUGUUGGUCUUAUUUAUAAAUCAUAACGUUAUUGCAUUGGAAUUAUAAUCUAUAUGUUGAUUUGGGCGAUUCGAAAAAGUUAAUUUGGAUUCUUAGGGCUUGCACAACCAUGACGACUUUUUGCAAGUUCAAUUCUUCAAGUCCAUUUUAAGAUCCAAUACAGGACGCAUUGGAUCAGCAGCAGGUCUAGUACCAGGAGACUGGAUUCUCCUCUAUAGACCUGGUCUGGUGGUUGGGCUCGUUUCAAGGGAGAUCUCCUCGAGGUAUGUUUCUGGACUCCUCGCGCUCAGGAGCGACUCCAAGGCUCCUACAGUGUUCAUUUUUCUUUCUGGGUGGAAAACUGACAUUGGAUGGAGAUGAGAACCUUAUUUUGCUGCUUUCUGCUCCUCACGUCGCACCUCCUGCCAGCAGCUGCUGAGAAGGAAUUCGCAAUCCCACAAGACUUCAUAGACAGACUGUCUCACAGCGAAAUCAACAGCAUCAGCGACCUCCAGCGGCUACUGGAGGUAAAUUCCCCAGGUGCUGGAAAUGAAGUGAUCGAGGAGGUCAAACACAGACACCAUCACAAGAACCAUCACCAUCCGGCUUCCUCAGAUCUGAAGAGUCUUCAACUGUCCCACAGACGCAAGAGGAGCAUCGUAGAGGAGGCGGUGCCAGCCAUGUGCAAGACACGGAUGGUGAUCUACGAGAUCCCUCGCAGUCAAGUGGAUCCCACGGCUGCAAACUUCCUAAUAUGGCCUCCGUGCGUGGAGGUGAAGCGCUGCACGGGCUGCUGCAACACCGGCAGCAUGCGCUGUCACCCGUCCAAAAAACACCACCGUACUGUCAAGGUGGCAAAGGUAGAGUUCGCAUCCCGUAAGAAAGCGAAAUUGAAGGAGGUGCUCAUCAGGUUAGAGGAUCAUCUGGAAUGCGUGUGCACAUCACAGCAUCAUGUGACGGAGCAUGUGGAAGCAGACACAGGCCCUCGCAAAGUAAAAAAUGGUAAAAAACGGAAACACCGAAAGCAAGCGGUGGCAGCACAGAUCAACAAGGACAUUCAAUAAAAAGUAAACGUUUCCUAACUCACAGCGGACCAAAAUAUCCUGCAGUGGACAUGAGAUGAAACUGCAUUAAACGUUUGAUCGAAGGACAUAGGUGGCUUCGAAGCGCUCCAGCAGCACUGGGACUUUGACCUCUGAUGCAUCACUGUAUAGAUACUGUUUCCAGAGGAACGUCAAGACAAAAACAACACCAAAGGUGCUUUUAUAAUCCUGCUAGGAUGUCAAACACUGAAGACAACGAGAUAUGUAUUCAGUUUAGUGGUCACACACUGGGCAGAAACGAAACUGACAAACAAGACAUUUGUAUCGUUUCUUUGUCGACUCACAUAAGAGGUCAAUGAUGUAAAUGAAGAACACUACGUUUCGAGAGACCACGCACGCUUGGGAUCGGAUCCACUCGAGCCGGAAUAUACAUGCCCACGAGGGACGGAUUCAAGGAGCUUCAAAAAAAGGAAUAACAAAUAAAGGGAUGUUUGGACGAAGCACUCCAGUUGUCAUAUAACUUUGCUGUUUGCAUCCCUGCAUUAGUCUUCCUGGGUCCAGAACAUUGAAAUUGUUAUUUCCAAUGUGCCUCUACAACCUAUCGUCCUUCUAAAGACUUCAAUAGCAUGUCCACGAACAAAAAAGACUUGAGUAUAUCCAGAAGAAGGUGAACUCUAAUUCAGUACCAGAAAAAAGUAUUUAUGUAUGUGAUCUCUAUCUUAACCUCUCUGUGUCCGGCGUAACAAGGACUCCUCCUCUUCCAUGUACAAACAUUAUCCAUACCAUUCUCUCACACUCUCCGUUUCACACAUAUUUUACAGCCUAUCGCAAAGCUAGGUGAUAGCAAAGAUGUGUUUGAGACAGUUAUGGAAAGAUGCUUUAUUUUUGUUAAAAUAUAUUUAUAAUGUGUACGUGUAGAAUCAAGCAGGAUGUUUAUGUAUAUUUUCAUUAAUUGUGGUGUAAUGGUGCUUCGUUUGAUUUAUCCAACGAGGACAUGAUCCUAACAUUUUUGUUGGUCCUGGUGCAACACUCCUGUCAAAUAACUGAGUUGUUGAAUGCGAUGUUGUACAAGAAGCAACAUGUUGAAUAAGGAGAAUGUCCUGCUUGGUUAAAUCUAAUUGUACAUUGACAUGGUUGUAAGGAAUAGAUGGUCUUGACCUAGAUUAGUAAAUAAUGGAGGGCCGGUGUCCUUCGGAGUUUAGCUCUAAAUCUAACCCAACACACCCGAAAAAGAUAAUCGAAGUCUUCAGGAUUAUUUGACAAUGACAGGAUGGUGUGUUGGAUUAGGGUUGGAAAUCAACUUUGCAUGACAUUGGUCCUUCAGGACCUCAUACACUAUCAGAAGAGUGCUUAUUGUAGUAAAUGCUUACAGCAGUGGUUCUCAAACAGGGGGCCCCCAAGAUGGAUGCAGGGGGGCCACGGAUUUUGUGGCAUUUUAUGAAAUAUAGAAAUUUAUAGAUUUUAUGCAAUCAAACAUCAGAAAUGUUUCAGCAUUGUAUCACUGAAUAUGUUUUUGGUUUAAUUAAAAUUCUGAGUUUAAGAUUCUUUAUUUGGGGGGACUGGGGGGGGGGGUCGCAGAGCAUUGCAUUAUACAAUAAAGGGGGCCUCACAACGAAAAAGUUUGAGAACCACUGGCUUAUGGGACCAUCUGUCACAUUUUCGGUUCAUUGUUUCCUAUUAUUCACCGUAACUUGCAUA